AUGAACUUGAUAAUUGUUGUGACACUUUUCUUGUCAGUGUUUAAAGCUGGCCUUUGUUUUAACAUUGAUCCUGUGGCUUGGAAGACUUUGAGUAACUCUGCUGCAGGUUUCGGCUACCAGGUGGUGCAGAGAACAACAGAUUUGCUCAUCAGCGCUCCACUUGAACAAUUUUCAAGCAAUGAAAGAGGAGAAAUAUUUCAGUGCAGUACUGAGGGAUGCCAACCUCUGCCUCUUCCAGAGAAAAAGACACCGGCCAUGUCCCUUGGUUUGGCAAUGACAAGUGACCCCGCAACACAAAACACUUUGUUAUGUGGACCAAGCAUUCCUAAAGACUGCAAAACUAUCACCAUGUACAACGGUUUGUGCUUUGAGUUAGAUCAACAGAAUAUCUAUGGAAAGUCUUUCCCAAAUUCUACUAAAGAGUGUCGAGACGAAGCUGACAUUGCAUUUCUGCUGGACGGCUCAGGCAGUGUAUCUGCACAGGAUUUUAUAAUAAUGAAGGAUUUUGUGAAAAAACUCAUUCGUGGAUUCAGGGGGAAAGAUGCAAAGUUUUCCAUCACCCAGUUUUCAUUAACAACCGAGAUUCAUUUUGAUUUCAAUACAUUUCCCACCGAAACCUGGGAAGAGGAAAUUGACAAGAUAAAACAACAUAGUAAUAAAACCAACACAGCUACAGCCAUCAAAACGGUUAUGAAUGCUGUCUUCUCAGGAUAUACAGGCUCAAGGUCAAAUGUGAAGAAGAUUUUGAUAGUCAUUACAGAUGGAAUAUCUACCGACAGUGAUAAAUUACCAGAGGCAAUAGAAUUAGCCAAAAAUAAAAGCAUCACUCGAUUUUCUAUCGGGGUGGGCACUGCAUUUUCAAGGGUGGAUGCAUUAAAGGAGCUUGAACAAAUUGCAUCUGAUCCACCCAAAGACUACGUGUUUAAAAGUGAUACCUUUGAGGCUCUUGAAAAAAUACAGGGGAAAUUGCAGGAAAGAAUUUUUUCAGUUGAAGGAUCUCAAACCGGUGGCGAGACACUGAAACAGGAAAUGUCUCAAGAUGGGUUCAGAGUAGCUUAUUUACCUGAGGGAAUUCAAAUGACUGCUGUCGGUGCUAAUCAGUGGAGAGGAGGCUACAAAAAGUACUCACGGCAAGAUGGCAAAAACAUUGGGUCAUAUGAGCCAAUAAAUAUAGAGCCUGACAGCUAUCUUGGUUAUUCCAUGGCUAUUGCUGAAACCAAAUAUGGCAGUCUGACAGUUGUUGGGGCUCCAAGAUAUAAACACAGAGGAGCUGUCAUCACUGUUUACAGAGAAGAUCGUCAGAAAAUAAUCGACCCCUAUCCACACCAGAUUGGUGGAUAUUUUGGGGCAGAAGUUUGUGCCAUGGAUGUGAAUUCUGACAGCUACACUGAUCUGAUCCUCGUCUCUGCUCCGAUGUACAAGGACCAGGACAGAGAGGGACGAGUUUAUGUUUGCACCCUAACUCGUCUGGAUGUCAAGUGCCACUUUGAUUCUCUAACUGUACUACGAGGGGAUCCAUCAGACAGAGGAAGGUUUGGAUCUUCUCUUGCGGUCCUGCCUGAUCUAAACGCAGACAAAAACAACGAGUUGGCUGUUGGAGCUCCAUUGGAGAAUGACAACCAAGGCUCCAUUUAUGUAUUUCACAGUAAAGGUGAUGGAACAAUCAACUCCAUCUACUCACAGAGAAUCGCUGCCUCCGAAGUCCAAUCAGGACUAAAGUUCUUUGGUUUGUCAAUCAGUCAGUGGUCCUAUGAUCAGAGUGGAGACACACUGCCUGACUUAGCCGUGGGUUCAAAGGGUAAAGUUGUCUUACUCAGAUCCAGGCCUGUAGUGAUGGUGGAUGCCACAGUGUCGUAUAACCCAAAGGAAAUCCCAACUCAAAAUGUAGACUGCACAAAACCCCUAGAAGGAACACUUAUGAUCUGUUUCACCAUGAGAAGACUGUCUGGAAGAGAUGCAGUUCAAGCCCAGAUUAAUUACACUUUAACACUGGAUGCAACUCGUUCAACUCCAAAGAACCGAGCUUACAUCAGUAAGGAUCAGAGAGACCAAACCGAAUCAGUUGUUGUUGAUUUAACCGGACAAAAGUGCAAUCGUGUGGCAUUUUUUAUCAAGUCUUGUCCUGAAGAUGCUCUCAAUCCUCUACAGAAUGAGCUCAGAUUCACCUUCAGUGGUUUGCCCUCCAAUACUAAUCUUAAACCAAGUCUCGCCCAGGAGGCUCAAACAACAUCCUUUCAUCCUAUGAAGUUUGAGAUCAGCUGUGGCGCUGACAUGUUUUGCACAGACAACUUAAAAGUAGAUCUCAACUUCACCAGAUCCUCAGAGGUAAAAUUAGGCUAUGAUGAGCUUUUGAAUGUGACCAUCUCAAUGAAGAACCGAGGGGAAAACUCCUACAACAGUCUCAUCAUUCUCACAUAUCCUGUUGGGCUCUCCUACAGGAAGUUUACAUCUCUGCAUGGGAGAAUUGAGUGCAACUCCUUGGACAGUGAAGAUGGUGAAACAAGAGGAAAGACGGACUGCACUGUCGACAAACCUAUUUUCAAAAGCAACUCCGAGGCCAUCUUUAUUGUCUCAUAUGGGUUCAAGCAAAACACACAACUUGGCAAAACAAUCUUUGUCACAGCAAAUGCCACAAGUGAAAACCAGCAACACGCCAGUUCCAGCAAACUUUACAAGAAGAAAGAGAUUGAAGUGAAGCACAGCAUCUCAGUUGCAAUCGAAAGCCCUCGCAGCUACAACAAUUUCACAUUUGGGAAAAACAAUUUGCAAAAACCAUUCAAACAGCUAAUAAAGGUUAGUAAUAGUUUCAGAGAGCUGAAUUUUACAGUUGUUAUCAAGGUUCCGGUGAGGCUUGGUGACAAAGACAUUUGGGUCGACAAAAACAGUCUGCAGAUUACAGAUUGUAAGAGAGAAAAAUAUGAAGAACCUGUUUUGACAGAUGUUGCACAGAUUAAAAAACAUAAAAUGGUGAACUGCUCUGUAGCGAGGUGCAGCGUGUUCAGGUGCGGCAUCUUCAUGAAAAAUAACGAGAACAAAAAAUAUGAAAUCUCUGCAAACCUCAGCUCAAGGUGGAUAGAGCAGAUUGGACUUCCAUCUGCCAAAUUUAUCUUGACCAGUACGGCCAGUUUAGAAUACGACAGAAACAAGUACAUCUUCAUCUCAACAACCUCUAAUAAAACCCCUUUUAUGCGCAAGAUUGAGGCUGAGGUAGAAGUGUUUCCUGAACCAGAUUUUACCAAAGAGAUCAUAGGAGGAUCUCUGGGAGGACUGGCUUUUCUUGUUCUUCUCACUGCUGGUCUGUAUAAGGCUGGCUUUUUUAAGAGCAAAUACAAUCAGAUGGUUGAUGGAAGUGCACCGGUAGAUGGAGAAGCUGAUCAAAAGAAUGGUUGA